UCUUAACUUUCUGUUUCGUUUGCCAUGACUGUUUAUUUUUACAAAGAACAAUACUGCGGGGAUUCAAUUUUUUAUUUCUCAGACUAGUUUUUGUUUUCCAAAGUACAACAUCGAAAGUGCUACUUUCAUUGAAUUUUUUUUAAGGGAAACAUUUUAGGCGGCGAGGCUUGAAUAGCUUGGCAUUUAUUGACAUUUAAAAAAUAUGUAUACGCUGAAAUGCUUGAAAAUUGGGCCCGCGCAACUCAUGCCGCAUACUAACCAACGCUUGGAUUGUGUAUGUGUACCUAAUGAAGAGUCCAACGUGUCGAGAUCGUACCUCCUAUUUACUUUGUGUAAUAACAGCGCCGAUGUUUGAUUAAAACAGCCUCUGAUAAAGCAUAGCGCACACACUUGAGCACUUUGAUUAGAACGUCAAUAACAGCUUGUGCAAAGCUCACAAGCGCAUCACGACGAGAAAAGGUGACGGCGCUUCAUGUCUUUGUCCAAAGUGGAUUGAUUUCUGAAGGUCGUGCUCGCCGGCGGUUUAAGUCGCCAGCUUGUGUCACGCCCGUCGGGCCCUUGUUCGAGUCCCGCCGGGCCGCAUAGCGCCUUUGACGUGUUUGUGAUCGAAGCCCCUUUAUGACUCGGCCACAGCACGCGCGCACAGUACAAGCCUCUAAAACACAGGCUCUGCAUUAUGUGCAAAGGGCUGCAUGUUUACACUCAGGAAAUAAGCUAAACAACAGCCUAUCUGCACGCAACAGCAACAACAUGAACGUGGACAAGUUUCACCCGUUUCCAUUUCUGCCCACCAACAUCCACCCCGAGACCAGAGACUUUACCCCCUUCAUGGAAGGCUGCGUGCUGUUGAAACCCGACACCAAGGUCCUCAGAAACGGAGCCAUGCCCAUGAGGAGGUUCUGUGGCACCAUCCCAAUCAUUGGCGAAUCCAAACAGCCCACACUGGAGGUGGCGCAAACCAUUCUGGACAACAAAGAGCAGACGUCCCAGAAGGUGGCGCUGGUCAAGAGGCCCAAGUGGCAGAGCAUCCCAAACCAAGACACCCAUCCCAAGGACCAGAGGGGGGAAGCUGCUGAGGUGCCGGCGAAUGUUCAAGUCAAAAGGACUAGUAAACGAAAAGCAGUAACAAAAACGGAAACCCUCACAAAGGAGCAAGGGGUCGACGUCACCGAGGCCACAGCGAAACCAUUACCCGCAAAAAGGCCCAGACGCAAGUCCAAUGCCAAACCGGAGACCCUCGCCAAGGAACCCACCACCGAGUUAUCCGUCAAAGCCCUGCUGGCCAAAGUCCUGAACAGCAAGUACAGCACAAAACCCGAAGUGGCCGCUGUCGCCAAGAAGCCACAGGUAGAAGUCGCCGAGGUGUCCGUCAAAGCUCUGCUGGCCAAGCUGACCACCAAGAGGAAGUCCAGCACGAAAGCAGAAGCCCAAAAGCAAACCAGGCAGCCUGUCAAGAACGUCGUCCAGAAAGCCGCCACCCUCCCGGCCUGUCCCUGCUGUCCGCCCGCCUUGCAGCAGACUGACACCACCCGAACGUUAUUUGUGCAGAAGUAUCAGCAACUGGAGAAGCUCGGCGAAGGAGGCUUCGGAUCGGUGUUCGCCGGCUACAGGAAAAGUGACUAUUUCCCAGUAGCCAUCAAAUACAUCCCCAUCGAAAAGGUGGAGAGCGUUUUUUUGUAUAUCAACGGAAAAGUCCAGAAGGUUCCCUUAGAAGCGUGGCUCAUGCUGCAAGCGUCCUCGUUAAAGAACGCUGACGGCUCCUCCGCAGUCGUCCUGUUGUUGGACACGUAUGACCUGGAGAAAGAGUUGGUUCUGGUCAUGGAGAGGCCGGUACCUUCCGUGGACCUCUUCACAUUCAGAACCAAAUACAAGCUCGGACCGUUAGAGGAAUAUGAAGCUAAGAACAUCAUGAAACAGCUGGUGGAUGCCGCCAUCAAAAUGCACGCCGUCAACGUCUUCCAUCGGGACCUGAAGCAGAAGAACAUCCUGUUGGAGGCCACCUUCAGUCUCCCCCGAGUGCGCCUCAUAGACUUUGGCUGCAGCUGCUUUGUAAAUGAAGAACCAUAUCGAGAAUAUGCCGGAACCUUACGCUACGCCCCUCCGGAAUACGUCUUCAAGCGGCCGUAUAAGGCUGGGCCGGCCACCGUUUGGCAACUGGGCGCGCUGCUCUUUGAAUUGCUGGACGGAACCGAACAUUUUGACACGCUUAUGUUCCUUUUUAAAGGCCUCACGUUGAACCGGGUACUGUCUCAAGAUUGCAAAGAUUUCUUAUGGAUUUGCUUGACAUCAGACAUGGAGCAACGAGCCACCUUGGAGCAAAUGCAGUGGCAUCCAUGGCUCCUCUGAUUCCACACAGGCGGCCUGAAAUGAAAUGUAAAGACUUUUGCCAGUGUAGGAAGACUUGCGCCAGUGUAGGAAGACUUGCCGCAGGCAAUCAUAAUCAGCUGGUGUGGACUUUGAAAAAAAACUUGCUUGAACACAAGAUGUUCCCAGAAGCCAAGAAUGAGGACAAACUUAGUGCAUUCAAGUGUUUAUGCUGGCAUAACUACACGUAUCAUUAAACGUUUGUACUGUCGUGA